GUUUCCACGCGGAGAUUGGCUUGCGGGAAGGCAAAGGCUGGGUCAAGGGAGGAAGCUUUGUGGUCCAACCUCAGGAACUCAGGAGACGCUACUUGUGGGAGCUGCUGUCCGGUCGCCCUACCUCGGCAUCUAGCUCCAUGGCAGUUCCCGAGACCCGCCCCAACCACACAAUUUAUAUCAACAAUCUCAACGAGAAGAUCAAGAAGGAUGAGCUGAAGAAGUCCCUGUACGCCAUCUUCUCCCAGUUUGGCCAGAUCCUAGAUAUCCUCGUGUCGCGGAGCUUGAAGAUGAGAGGCCAGGCUUUUGUCAUCUUCAAGGAGGUCAGCAGUGCUACCAACGCCUUGCGCUCCAUGCAGGGCUUCCCCUUCUACGACAAGCCCAUGCGAAUCCAGUAUGCCAAGACAGACUCUGAUAUCAUUGCCAAGAUGAAGGGCACCUUCGUGGAGCGGGACCGCAAGCGGGAGAAGAGGAAGCCCAAGAGCCAGGAGACCCCAGCUGCCAAGAAGGCUGUGCAGGGCGGGGCAGCUGCCUCUGUGGUGGGGGCCGUCCAGGGGCCUGUUCCGGGCAUGCCGCCAAUGACACAGGCACCCCGCAUCAUGCACCACAUGCCGGGCCAGCCUCCCUACAUGCCUCCACCCGGCAUGAUCCCGCCGCCGGGCCUCGCACCCGGCCAGAUCCCGCCAGGGGCCAUGCCCCCACAGCAGCUUAUGCCGGGACAGAUGCCGCCUGCCCAGCCUCUUUCAGAAAACCCACCGAAUCACAUCUUGUUCCUCACUAACCUGCCAGAGGAGACCAACGAACUCAUGUUGUCCAUGCUUUUUAACCAGUUCCCUGGCUUCAAGGAGGUCCGGUUGGUCCCCGGGCGGCACGACAUCGCCUUCGUGGAGUUUGACAAUGAGGUGCAGGCGGGGGCAGCUCGCGAUGCCCUGCAGGGCUUCAAGAUCACCCAGAGCAACGCCAUGAAGAUCUCCUUCGCCAAGAAGUAGCACCUUCCCCCCGUGUCCGCCCCUGUCCCUGUCUUUGGCUCGCCCUUCCCCCCCUUGGCUCAGCCCCUUGAAGGUAAGUCCCCCUUGGGGGCCUUCUCCGAGCCGUGUGUGAGUGAGUGGUCGCCACACAGCAUUGUACCCAGAGUCUGUCCCCAGACAUUGCACCUGGCGCUGUUAGGCUGGAAUUAAAGUGUUUUUUUGAGGUUUGGUUUUUCGCAA